UGUUUCUUUAAAGUUGCACUUGCACUCAUCGUGGGCCCUGUCCAUUGUUUGGGGGCUGAGGGAUUGAUAUAGAGGGACUGAGGGCGAGAGAGAGACGCGCAUUACCAGCAGAUCUGCGGUGGAGUCAACUCUUCAACUCUUCAUAUCAAACAUGGGUUGCUAUGACUGCUGUAUGCGCUGUUUGGGCGGGGUGCCAUAUUGCUCCCUCAUCGCCACGCUGCUCUGCUUCUCUGGCAUUGCCCUGUUCUGCGGUUGCGGUCACCAGGCCCUUACAGAAACAGAGAGACUCAUCGAGACGUAUUUCGCCCGAAACCUUCAAGAGUACAUCACUCUUGCCUACGUCAUUCAGUAUUUCCAGUAUGUCAUCUAUGGUUUGGCCUCCUUUUUCUUCCUCUACUGUAUCGCGCUACUGGCUGAGGGCUUCUACACCACAAAUGUUGCCAAGCAAACCUUCGGAGAGUUCAGGAGCACAAUGUGUGGCCGCUGCCUCAGCUCCUCGUUUAUAGUGAUGACGUACGUUCUUGCUGUGCUGUGGUUGUUGGUGUUUGCCUUCUCGGCCUUGCCGGUCUACUUCUUCUACAACAUGGAAGCAACUUGCCGCGUUGUAGACAUUCUGACCGAGACGCCAGCAAGUAUCAACCAGCUCUGUGUUGAUGCAAGGCAAUACGGACUCUUGCCAUGGAAUGCAAUACCAGGAAAAGCUUGUGGUAUGACCCUGUCCAAUAUUUGCAGAACCAGAGAGUAUCAGACGACCUAUAACCUGUACAUCGCUGCCUUCGCCGGGGCUGGCGUCACUCUCUUGGCUCUGCUGACCUAUACUGUGUCAAGCACCUAUAACUUUGCCGUUCUGCGGUAUCUUGGGAGAAAGGGCAUAGGUGGAAGGUGUUAGGCACCCGGCUUCCUGUCCACUCAGUCACCACUCUGACAUCUACAAGGGGAUCUGAAGGGAACGGCGACACCUCUAUCCUUUCACUUCACCUGCACAGAACUACCUAUGGUCAUGGACUUUAGAAGAUACUAUUUUAUCCUACUUUUUAUAAGAAUUUGUAUGUUUUCUCUCUGUUUCAAUUGACGCUGUGAUUUAAAGCAGGUCUUAUAUUCUUUGUUGCAUCACUCCGAUGUUUAUCUCUGCCAUCAGUUGCAGACAAAUCAUAACAGAGUACUAAUUUACUAAAACAUAGGCUAAAAAAAUCCUAUAGCAGCAUACAGCUGCUGAGCAGAACAAGGGAUUAAAGGUUAGCAUGGCCACCACGCCUCACAUCUGGUUGCUAUUGGAGUAGACAAACAGUCUAGCGGUCUCGCUCUGACCUCAGGACUUUUCUCACGGGCGGGAGAAAAAAAAGCAACAAUGGAGUCAUGCCAGUUAGAAAAUCGAGCCAA